UGUGUUUGUGACUCCCGCUCUCACUGACGCUCUGCUUUUAUUACUACUCUAAUGUUAUUAUCUCCCUCUCUCACUCUCUUUUCAAUUUCCUGCUUUCUCUCUCACUCUCUCCAUCUUUCAAUCUCAUGAGAGUAGAGUAAGCAUAGCUUCCAAUUCUGUAACAAACUUCUUCCAGAACCUUCUUUCACUCUUCUCCAGUCCACCACUGUUUCUCACUAUUCUCAUGCACAGAUCUAACCACCAUUGCCAUCGCUGCGUCUCUUUGUUACAAUUUAACCUAUCAUUUCAAAUUCCACGCAAUUUUCACUCGCAUAUAGAAUCAUCACACUCCGCCGCCUAAAUUUCUAGUAAUAGAUUAGAGCUAGGCUUUUCACCAGGCUGGUGUUAAUCUUCGAGGCAUGAAAGAUGGAUAGAGAGAAUGCUGUAAUCGGUGUGAGAGACAGUGUUCGAGUGACGCGAGCAAUGGCGAGAGCUUUGAGAGAGGUCUCUGCCUCUUCAAGACCAUGCUUUAAGAAACAGCGAAGGGUGGAAAAGAGCAGCAGAGCAGCGCUGACAGAUGUAACCAAUGAAUACAGAAAACCGCAGCUCAAUAAGUGCGCUGUGCCCAGUUUUCAGACAAGAGGAGGUUAUAAGAAGCGAAACACAAUGGGAACUUCCAAUGUCUCCAUACAAGUUUGGUCAACUCAAGAUGUUAGAGCAAAGUCAGCAAAAGAUUUAUCAGCAAUAUCGAUGGUACAGUCACAUGAACCUGUUGGUGCUGAAAGGCUGGAAGACAGAGAGCUAGUGCCACCUUCUAUGUCUGUCAUAGAUGGUCCCCAGCUUACAAUGCGGGACUCUAUGCAGUCUGAUGAACUCCUUAGCUCUCCGAACAAAGAUAUUGAUAUGAUUUCAGAGAAACUAAAGCAUUCGGAUGGUUUGGGCAUUGUGGACAUUGAUUCAGUUGAGUUAAAGGAUCCUCAAGUUUGGAGUUCAUAUGCCCCUGAUAUAUACAAUAAUAUAUGUGUCAGAGAGUUUGAAAGGAGACUAACCAAUUACAUGGGCGAGCUGCAGAAAGACAUCACUCCAAGCAUGCGCGCAAUUCUGAUUGAUUGGCUUGUGGAGGUUUCUGAGGAAUAUAAGCUAGUUCCAGAUACUCUUUACCUUACUGUGAAUCUCAUUGAUCGGUUUCUUUCUCAAAGUUUGAUUGAGAAACAAGGACUACAGUUGCUGGGUGUUACUUGCAUGCUGAUUGCAUCAAAGUAUGAAGAGAUUUGUGCUCCUCGAGUGGAAGAAUUUUGCUUCAUCACAGAUAAUACGUACUCAAAAGCAGAGGUAUUGAAAAUGGAGAGUGAGGUUCUAAAUCUGUUGCAUUUUCAAUUAUCUGUUCCCACCACUAAAACAUUUCUCAGGAGGUUCAUCCUAGCAGCACAAUAUUCUUUUAAGGUUUCUUACGUUGAAGUGGAAUUUCUGGCAAAUUAUUUAGCAGAACUCACUCUUGUUGAAUACAGCUUCUCGCAGUUCCGACCAUCCAUGAUAGCUGCGUCUGCUGUUUUACUAGCCAGAUGGACCCUCAACCAGUCAGAAUAUCCAUGGAAUUCAACCAUGGAACACUAUACGAAUUACAAAGUGUCAGAACUUAAAACUACUGUCCUUGCACUGGCAGAUUUGCAACUUAAUACCAAAGGCUGUCCUCUGAAUGCUAUACGUGAAAAAUAUAAACAGCAGAAGUUCAUGAAUGUGGCAAAUUUGUCUCCAAAACCAGUGCAGACACUUUUUGAGACUAAGUAUAAAGUUGUAAAUGAUGGCAUCUCCGAAGACUAAAUAUUGACUUUUGGAAUUUCAUAUGUGUAUUACCUUUGGUUGUAAUUAUUUGUUUGAUCAUCUAAUUCCCAAUUGCAGUCUGAUUGAUAGCUGUAACUUGUAGGAAGGUACCCAACUCUGGUACUUGCAUAUUGUUAUUGUACUGAAAAAUUGUUACAUCAGGAUACAAUUAAAACAGAGAAUCAUAGUUAGAGGCAUCAA